CGCCGAUACACGACACGGAAGCCGAGCACGAGCACACUUCCCCCCUCCCGACCUCCUCCCAGCUCGCCCCCCCGCAUCUAUCCCUCCCUCCCUCUCUGGCCCUCUCGCCCUGCCAUCCCCGGAGCUGCUCCCACCUCGCCUCCCCCACGCGCGAGCCCUCGCCGUCACCCCCGUUCCCCGUCCCCUCGCUCGCUCGGCGCUCGCGCAGAUUCCACCGUCCGGGUAGCGGCGUCGAGGCAUGAGCUCGGGGGCCGUCGCGGCCUCGGAUCCGGGGGGUGGCGAGCCGAAGCUGGUGGCAGGCGCUGACGUGGCGAUGACGGAAGCAGAUGGCGUGGUGGCUGCACCCGCCGCCGAGGUGAAGGCGGAGGGGAAAGCUGCAGCGGCGACGGACGUUGGUCUGGAAGGGGGAGAUGCGGCGUUGAGCGACCCGCUUUACGCGACGGAGUCGGCUGGCAUGGUCGGUGUAGAAGGGCCCGGAGAUGAGCCAGUGACGGGUGUGGAGGGGGUGAACGGUGGCGAGGAGGGGAGGCUUGAAGCGGGAGCUGGAGGUCAGCAGAAUGAGACGGAGAGGAAGCCGGUUCCAGCGGGAGAUGUAGCUGCUGCUGCUGCUGGUCAAGAAGUGGAAGCAGCUAGUUCUGCUGCUUCCAAACACGUGGAACCCGAAUCCAAUAAACUUGAAGAAAAUCAUAUAAAUGCCGAGCAUGGGACAGAGAAUAAUGAAAUUGAUUAUGGCAUAGCGCGUUCUGAUAAGGAAAUACAGAACCAUGUGCCUGCUGAGGUCGAGGGAAGCUCCAAGAUAUAUGCGGAUGAUGGAGCACCUGCAGUUGACCAGCCUGGUGAUGGAUAUGUAAUGAUGCCGCAAACAGGGGAGCAGUUUCCUGACAGUGGAAAUGGCCUGAGCAGUAAUGAAGAGUCUGCUAGUCUAGGAAAUGUUGUUCAUGGUGCUAGAUACUGCCUUCCACCUCUUGAUAAAGGCGGUUUUCAAGUUGCUGAUCUUGUCUGGGGUAAAGUAAAAAGUCAUCCUUGGUGGCCUGGUGAAAUUUUUGAUCCAUCAGAUGCAUCUGAAUUGGGGCUAAAGCACCAGAAAAAGGACAGCCACUUGGUAGCUUAUUUUGGUGACAAUACUUUUGCGUGGUGCGAUGAAUCCCAGUUGAAGCCUUUCGUAACAAAUUAUUCACAAAUGGAGAAACAGAGCAGUUCAGAUGCCUUUGUUGGGUCAGUUAAUAAUGCUCUUGAAGAACUCUCAAGGCGGAUACUGUCAGGUAUGAGCUGCUCUUGUUUGCCAGAAGAGCUUGCUGAUAAUGGCAUGUCCUAUACGGUUGAUAAUGCUGGGCUUAAGGAUGGAGUUACUUGCUCUGCAGUUAAUCGGCCUGAGAUCUUAAACUGCUUUAGUCCAGAAAAGCUUCUUCAUUAUAUUAAGGAGUUAGCUCUAUUUCCUGGCCAAGGAGGUGAUCUGUUGGAGUUAGUGAUAGCAUGUUCUCAACUUACUUCUUUCUAUCGAUCUAAGGGAUGCCCUGAACUUGCAUCAUUUCAAACUGGUGAUGCGUGGGUUGAGGAUGGGCUGGAUGGCACGGACACUUCAGCCACUCAGAAUGUAGUGGCAGAGGAAGUUGUUAUUAAUGAAGUACCUCCUACUCAAGAUAAGCCCAAAAGAGGCAGGGGGAGACCUCGUAAACAAAAACCUGGAGAUGGCCAGGUGGUGAUGGAGAAAAGGGACCUGUCUAAUCGGGCCAAUGAUGCUAGCCAUGACGAUUUUGAUGAUUUUGACAACUUACAAAACAAGAAGAAAAGAAACUUUGACUCAUUUGAAGAUUUAGAGAAGGCAUCAGCUCCAACUGGUGGUAAAUCUUUUAAGAUUGGCGAGUGUAUUCGGCGAGCUGCAAGCCAGCUGACAGGAUCUUCAUCCAUUGUGAAGGCUCAGAAUGAACCAACAGGCUAUAAGAAUGCUGCUGAAGCUGAGAAUGGGGAAUUUGACAUCUCAAGCGAUGAUGCUGUUGAUGAACUUACUGUGGAGAAGCGAGCAAAAAGGAGACGCUUGCACAGGAACCACACUGCAGACCCCAAGGAAUUACUGUCACAGCUAUGCUUGGUUGCAACAGAGCCAAUGAAUGGAUAUAGUUUCUCAGCAAUGCUAAUCAGUUACUUCAAUGAUUACAGAAACUAUAUUGUUUCUACUACCACUGAAGCAAGCAUUGUUGAAAAAGGUGCAUCAAGGAGGGGGAGAAAGAGAAAAGAAGUUUUACCUUCUCCUGAGGUAGAGACAACAGACCAUAUGCAAGACUCAUACUGGUCCGGAUUGAGCUUGCAUAAUCAUCCAAUCCAUGACCUCAGAAAGGAAAGUCCCACUACAAGGCCAAGACGUAGGCGGAGAUCCUCGAGAUAUGCAUAUGUACCUUCAUCAGAACUUGGAGAUUCGGUUCCUAAAAAACAGAUACAAGUGAUAGAAAGGUCAAUCAUCCAUGUCGAUGAGAAGAUGGUUGAUGAGUUGAAGCCCAGUGCACUUGUUUUGAGCUUUGGCAGGUCAGCUUCUAUUCCUUCAGAGCUGGAUCUCGUUAAGAUGUUCAGUCGCUAUGGGCCACUGAAAGAAAUGGAGACAGAAGUAGACAAGGACACAAAUACUGUUAAAGUUGUCUUCAAGAAACGUGCAGAUGCUGAAAGGGCUUUUAGUGCUGCUGGCAAGUACGGCACUUUUGGACCUUCUCUUCGAAGCUUCCGUCUUGUGAAUAUGCCAUUUUCUCUAAAGGCAUUAUCAGCGAAUAAUCCUGUGAAACACCCUGAACAUCAUGGUGCGGAGAUUCCUGGUUCGAGUAAGUCCGAAACUCCUAAUGAUGCCAUGGAAGUUGAUCUGGUGCACAAAACAGAGAAAGUAGAAGUGGGAGAACAGUCGGUUGAACAAGUGGAGGCUGUGAAGCAAACAUCUCAAGUGGAAGCUGCAAAUGCUGCAUUUGCCAAUCAAGUUGACAUGGUUGAGAAAACUGGAAAGAUUGAUGCCGAGCUAAUUGGUCAUGUUAAUCAAAUUGGAACAACUGCACAAGCUGCAUCUGUAGCUGAAGGUUCAUCUGAGCAAGUUGGCAAUGUUGAGCAAGCUUACACGCAGAAGGAAGCGUCAAUUGGUGGUCUACCUGACAUUACUCAGUCUGGAGCUGUGACUGGUGCAUCAAUUGGAGGCAUGGUUGAUGAAAUACAGUUGCAUGAGACUCCAAAUCAAGCAUCAAUGGCUGAUACAGCAAAUACAUUCCAAGUGGAAUCUGCUCCAGAGGCACAAACUUUACAUUCUGAUGCUACAAUAAAAGAGUCACCUCUAGAUGUUUCAGAUAAUAUGCAAAUGGAUGUUGCAGCUGAAACCCCAAAGCAGAGUCACAUCUCUGGAGAUAAUACUGUAUCUGAAGCAAUCACUGAAGCACCAGGUACUGCACAAGUUUGUACUGAGGUGGAUACUGCCAAUGAAGUUUCAGAAGAGCUCAUGGUAUCUCCUGCGUUACAAAGUCAAACCGCAGGUGAAAAACUUGUGGAACAAGAUGCAACUGAGCAACAUGUGGGAUCUGAAGGUUCAAAGCUCGAAGCUGAAACAUUUGCUGGAGAACCUGCUGUACAAGGUGUAGUCAAGCAAGUAGAAGUUGAAGUGGAAUCCAAAACUACCGUCGAAGUAUCAGGUGAACAAGUCUACAGUAUUGAGCAAACUGUUCAAUUGGAAGCUGUAACUGAAGCAUCAGGUGGACAACUUGAGGUGGGAAGACAAACUCCAGGAGAUGAAUCUAUGGCUGAUGCAACUACCGAGCACUCUACAAUCAUGGUUGAGGAAACUGUGGAGGCAAAAGCAGUACCAUUCAAGGAAGAUAUAGAAGAUAAUGCUGCUGCCGUGGGAGUAGCUGAGGAAACUGCUGAAGGUGAAACCAAGGAGGAAGCACCAGACAAUGGGAAAAUGGGAAAUAAAGCUGCUGCUGACAGACUAGCUGGGGAGACAAGAGAAGGUGAAAUUACAGUGGAGGCACCAGAUGAGAAAGCAGAAACUAAAGCUAUUGCUGAACCAAUAACUAGGGAGACAGCUGAAGCUAUAGGUGAAGAACCAGCUGAAGAAGCUAGAACAUCUGAGGAAAUUGUAGAGGAUGUUAAGACACUGGAUGAUAAAACUACAUCAGCUGAGAAACUUGUAGAGGAUGCCACGGUUGUGACAGAGCAAGAUGAGAGAACUACUACAGUCGAGAAGACUGUUGAGGAUGCCAAGGUUGAGCAACCAAAUGAGAAGACUACUACAGCUGAGACGACUGUGGAGAAUGCCGUGGCUGAGCCACCAAAUACAAAUACCUCAGAAGCUGAGAAAACUGUGGAGGGUGCCACACUUAAAUCACCAGAUGAGAAAGGUACAGCAGCAGAGAAGAAAAUAGAGGAUACCACGAUCGAGGCACAAGAUGUACAAGCAGGUGCGAGUGAGUAAGCCAGCUAGCAUAUGUUGCAUUCCUUUCAGUUUCUGUUGAUAUCAACGUAGGCUGCUCAACUGAUUCUCUCAUCUAGGCAAUGUGGUCUGUAUAGAAAAAUGGGAACCCACUUUAGCAUCAAAAUGCUAUUAGGUAUUAGUAACUAGGGCAUCUACAUCUUUGCCCCUUUUCGUAUGAACUUCAUCUAGUUGUAUUGGACGACACACAUGUGUCAGUUUGUCAUAAACGGGGUUUCUUCCUAUACGUCUGUUCAGCGCAAGGAGAAUCAGCAGACUGAGUGAAGACCUUUUGAAUCAGACAGGGGAAACCAUGUUCGUUCCUAUGUUUCACGGUCAGGCUUGGGAGUCCUUGGGCAUUCUACUGGAAUCCGAUGAUUCUUGUACCUUUUGUCAUUUGUAACCUAACUGUGUUCUGGAACCCUUUUUCGUAUCACUUAGAAUUUCUUAGGGGAAUAUUGUCUGCUCACUGAUUGAUCAUCGAAUUUCAGUAACCUUUUUUGCGGUA